AUGUCGCUCCUACGAUCCACACGACUCAUCACGACGCCUCGAGCGCGCCUCCAGAUCAUCCCCAACAUCGCCGCUCGCCCGCACUUAAGACAGCUCUCCUCCACAGCAGUACGGGCCGCCGGCGACCACGCCCACGAAGACCAUUAUGAUCCACCUGGCGGGUGGCUGUGGGGCGUAAAGCCCGGGGAGAAGUACGAGAACGAGGGCUGGGAGAACAUCUGGUUCUACGGCUUCUUUGGCAGCCUGUUGUUUGGCGUGGUGGGAUACUGCUAUAAACCGGACACGAGGUAAGACCACUGCGCGUUCGAGACAGGAGCAUGCGGACUGAGCAUUACCAGCAUACAAACUUGGGCUCUCGAGGAGGCGCGGAGACGGUUGGAGGCGGAGGGCAUUCUGGAAGACCCGGAUAACAAGAAGCAAUGA